AUGUCGGACGAUGGUUCAACAGCAGUCGAAAAGAAAGGUCGUGGUAGACCUAAAGCUAAUGGGACACAAUCAGAAGCUAAAGGUGAUGCUAAGAAAAGAGGCAGACAACCAGCGGCAGCAGUGAAACCUAAAGAAUCUAAAAAUUCCUCAGAUGAUGAACAAGCACCAGUGGUCAAAAGAGGAAGGGGCAGACCCAAAGGAUCUAAGAAAAAGGCAGCAGCCCCUAAAGCUAAGAGUGGUUCUGGUGAAGGAAGAGGUAGAGGUCGGCCACGUAAGGAUGCACCUCCGCCUAAAAAAGAUGCAGGCUCAACUGAAGAGGAACAAGAAGAUGAAGAAGAAGAGGAGGGGUCUGACCAG